GUGAGCGCGCCUCGUGGUGCUGAUGUUGUGAAGCAGGAGGAUGAGGACUGAUCACUCCAUCGAUCCGCGCACAUCGGUCAGCUUCUGCUGAUCAGCUCCUACGAUCCUGGAGCGGCUGCACGUGGUGACAAUCGAUUAUCGGGUCAUCGAUCAGGCACCCGCGGGGACACGCGAGGCGGCGGUGGCGUGGGGCGCGAGCCGCAGCGGGAGACAAUCAGCUGGCUGUGGAUACAGUGACGGGGGUUCGAACGAGCGGGUCCAGGACAGACUGAGAACUGCACCUCCAGCUAACAGUGGAGCUGCCUGUCAGUAACAGACUGUAGUUAGUGUCAGGGAACCGUAGGUGGCGCAGCAGCUGCUGGAUGGCCACAGGAGUGAACUACUGGAGCUCGAAUGAAGCCAGUUACAGGGUGAGUGAGUGUGUGUGGGCCGGAGAACACUCCUCCAGCAGCAGCAGUGAGGAGGGUGGAGGAGGAGGCGGGGUCACAUGGGAAACACCUGCCAUGGAGGUCAAAGGUCAGCUCAUCUCAGCACUUGACCCUCUCACCUGUUCAGACAGGAAACAAAGGGAGCGAAUGGCAGAGCUGCAGGAGAGGAGGCGGGGCCUACAGUCACUGCUCAGCACACGAUUGGCUGAGCUGAGACGCAUCUGUCUGCAGGAGGCGGAGCUGACGGGGGCGGUGCCUCAUCACUUCCCUCUGGAGGCGGGAGAGAAGCUGCCCUGUGUCCGACGGAGGGGCGGGGCCUCACACCAAGUAAACAGGAAGUAUCGAGCAGAGGAUGAAGACUCUCAGCGUUCAAAGUUGAAGAAAACUUUAUUCAGUGGAGCUCUGAGGAAACACAGCGACUCUGAACACAACACACACACUCAGACACACACAAACCACGGCAAGAGGACGACUGUACACAGAGGCUGCCACACAGAUGACACAGUGAGGUCAGAGAGCAGCUCGACAUCAGACUCAACAGGGCAUGACAACGAGGACAGUGUGUCUCAGUGUCGCCCCCUGCUGGUCUCUGCUGGUUCUCCAGUGGAUGCUUAUUAUCAGAGUAAAACCAAAAGGAACUUACUGCACAACAGGGCUGACCAUUCAGAGACGUUACAGACCCACAAGCCCCUCCCCCUGCUGCCCGCCCAUCCUCUCCCGCUACCCCCUCCCCCUCUAUCUCAGGACUCCUCCUCUGGCCCCUCUGACCCAGGAGCCCCUGGAGAAGGCGGGAUCAGGGUUAACGCAGCUCGUCGCAGUAGUAGUUCAGACGGCCUCUUGGACCAUAUCACUGGCCUGAAGGAGGACGGAUCCAUGACUGGAGUGUUCCGGAGCUCCGAGGUUCUGAUGGAUGGACGGACAAAGUUGAAUAACAAAUUCUCUGAGGGGCAAGGAAGGGGGGGUGGGGCAGGACGAGGAAGAGGAGGUGGUUACAGCGAGAUCCUACUGGAUUAUGUCUGGGGAAAACAGCAGCAAUUGCAGCGACAGCAGUCCCAGCCCAAUCCUAGGCAGCCAAUCACAUCACAGCACCAGCUGCUCUAUAAUGGCUACUCCUCCCAGACCACUGGAGCCCCACCCACCUUUCAUAAUCACCACGGUGAACAACGGCAUGUCAAAGUGACCCGCACCAAAUCAUGUGGUCCCUUUCUUCCGGUGCAGCAAAAACAAUUUGAGAACAACAGUCCUCCACGAUCUGCCAUCCAACCGGAUCCCCAUCCCCACCUGCUGCCCCCACGACCGCCGCAGCAGUCCCCCAACCAGGACCCCCAGCUGGAGGAGGCCACCAGGAGCCUGCACAAGGCUCUCGCCUUGGAAGGUCUGAGGGACUGGUACCUUAGGAACACAGCCAGUUCCAUCCAGCAGAACCACACAAACGGAAAGGUGAGCACAGGCGUCAUGUCUGGGUUUGAAGGUCAGUCAGGUGGAGGUGGAGCUCGGCAGCGCAGGCGGACGACUCACGGGGUCAUCCAACAGUCGACCUUUCAGAAUGAGACAAGUCAUCAUCCCACUCUGUCGCGUCACAAACAGAAGCUGCCACAUUCUGCCACAUUCCACGGACACCCACUGCACGGCCGGUCUGUCGACAACUCCCUCUACCAUGACUGCUUCCCUCCUCAGAAAGAGGAAGUUCCUCUCAGAGAGCCAUGUGGCAUCCAGCCCUCUCCCGGAACCCUGGUCUGACUCACCGGCCAAUCAGGAGGCUGAAGACAGAUCAGCUGAUCAGUCGUUCCACACUGGUCUCCUGUGUGUCCAGGUGACUGUGGUGGGUGGAGGUCACCACUGGGUCCUGGUUCAAACAUUCAAGCCAUGAUGAUCACAGAGGAUGAUGCAGAAACAAACCCCGCCCACUUUAAGCUCAUCUUUGACGUGUGUCUCGUGUCACUGACUCUGCUCAGACAAUCAGGACACAUGCAAGUUUUUAUACAAACUUUUAUUAACAGUGAUGAUGACAUCACCAGCUUUGACCAGCUAACCAACAGUAGUUAAAGUAACUUUUGAUAAGAUCAGGUGACCAGGUGUUGAUUCCUCAGGUGAGUCCUUCAGGUGUUUUUACACUUUUCUUCUGCACUAAAUGUUGAUUAGUGUCCAGAGACACAGACUCGUUUAGAGACGGAUCCAAACCAAAGGUGAACGCUGCAGUGAUGCGCGUACGACCUUUGACCCCUGCACUAAAUGGUCAACGUCAAACCUUAAUGAAUAUUAAAGAAAUGAACAGAAGGAAACAACACACACGACGGUGGUGGGGUCAAUGCAGUGGCCUGUUGAAAACUGUUAGCAUGUCAACCUGUUGGCAUGUUAGCCCAUCAGAGUGUUAGCCUGCUAGCCAGUCAAGCUGUUAGCCAGGCGGCCUAUCAGGCCUAUUGUGAGGUUGUUCCCCUGUUAGCCUGCCAGGCUAUUGGACUGUUUGUGUGUUACCAUGUUAACAUGCUGCUCGUGUGUUAGCAUGAUGCCCUGUUAGCCUGUUAGGCUAUCAGAUAAUUUGUCAGUCAAGCUUUUAACUUGUCAGGCUGUUAGCCGAUAAAAGCGUGAGCCUGUUAGCCAGACAGGCUGUUAAAUUGUUUGCAUGUUAGAAAGUCAGACUGUUAGCCUGUUAGCAUGUCAGACAGUAGCUCACAAAGGACACGACUCCUGAAUUAGGACUAGGCUAGUUAGCUUGUCAGGCUACUUGUCUGUUUCCCUGCUAGCCCAUUAGCAUGGUUAGCUGCAACUGUCAAACAGGUCUCAGGUCAGUUUGCGUUGACUUUUUCAGACAUUUUUAUUUUUCAGUUUGUCUCAGGAGACGACAUCUGUCUUGUUUUACGUCUCACUGUCAAACUUCUGUGUCCUCUCUGGACUGAAGACGUGUCCAGGUCCUCAGAUUAGAUCCAGAUCCAAGCCUGGAGGCAAUAAGUGUUUCUGUUUCAGGAUGAAAAUGUUUGCAGUGACAAUCAGACAAUGAUGUCACAGAGUCAAUUGAUCGAUCCCCAUGAGAUUAGUCGGUUUAUUGAUCGUCUGAUUUGCUGCGAAAAGAUUUUAUAAAACUAUUUGAAACCACAUGGACAACUCUGUUUGUAUGUUUGUUGCUGAAACUCUGCCGAGUCCCACUUGUUGCCAUGAAAACAAGAAUGUUCUCAGAUCAGGCCACGCCUACUCUCAUCCACACGACCAUUAAACCAAAGGAAAACACAGCGGUGAUGUCACUGCACAGGUAAACCUCACUCUGAACGACGGAGGCUCAGGUCUGCAGGUGACAUCACACUGUGACACAGGACAAACCCCGCCCACUUCCUGUCACUGAACACGGGACACUGUUACAUGUGUCACUGAUUGAUUGACAGGUUUGGUCAACACCGUUUGUUUGGAACUUCACUCUCAGAAUGCACCUCUUCACUCUCUCUUCACACACACACACACACACACUGUCCACUACUGCAGUACUACAGAGUAGUAACCUGUGCUGCAGUAGUACUGCAGUAUAAGGACUUCACCAGCCUCCAAAACCAAACCAAGUAUCUAAAAAUGUUGUUUCAAUCAACAAAACAAACAAACAAACAAAUAAACAUACAAAUAAAGUAUUUAUGUUUUAAAAAAUGUGUUUAUCAUGAAAGUCGUCAAUGUUAAAGUCACUGUACCAGCAGUACCAGCACUAUGCAGUACUAGUACUCGUGACUCAGUCCGUCAGUAUUAUUAGUUUUGUUGAGGACCAGCUCUGUGAUUGGUCCAGGUCAGUGUAACAUCACAGCUGUGAUGCGUUCAGGUGCACUCUGUACAGUUUGUGUAAAAAAAAAACAACUUUUCUAUCGUUGUCAUUUGUACGUUUGUUUUUGUUUUUUAUUUCACUUUGAAACGUUUUGCUGUUUCACACUGGAAAAGCUUUGUGUAAAUAAAUGAGCGACGGGUUGUAAAGAUGCUGUUUUUAAAAUAAACAUUCACUCAUUCAUCCGCAUGAUGCGGUAAAACA